AUGAAUAAACUUAAAAAUUAUACUCUGAUAAUAUAAGUUAUAUGUAUAUAUAUGUAAAAACAAAACAGGAUACAACCACUCUCAGAUUUCUUUGAACCGUAAGUUAGAAACUUCUGUCGGCCUGACGAUUUGCUGCUAUUUACAGUAUGUCUUGCAUAAGAUUUGGUCGUUUAAUAAAUGAUGAAGAGUCAGAAGAUGAAGUUAAAAGGAAAAGUUCUGGACGUUCAAAUUCCAACUACGCACGUACAACAGAGACAGUUUCACAACACACCCAAGAACACGUAAUGGGUAAUGAGAGUUCAGCACCGUAUGAAAUGCCUCAUUUUCCUAUUGAAGUAUACGAAUGUAAGAAAGCUAUACAGAAGCAACUAUCAACAAGAGCACAGACAAAACCAGAGGAAAGGCAUAGCCAUUUUGAUGGGGAAAUAAAAUCAGAAACAGAUGUUUUGGAGGUUCAGAACAGUUGGUGUAAUGUUCGUGACUUUGUUCCUAAUUUUCAAAGGGUUUCCAUCAGUGGUGAAGAAACUUCUGGGGUUCCAACUGAAGACUUACACCAGGCGUCAGAGUUUCUAAUUGAAGCUUUACUGCUACGAAAGAAAUAUAUGGACCUUUCGAAUCAGAAUUUCUCUUCUUUAACUUUUCGUUUUUUGCGACAGUUGAAACAUGACACUUGGGAUACUAGCAAUAUUUUUAUGGAGUCUAACGUGACUGAGACUCUGAGUGGUGAAGAUCACCCUUACCAUGAUCCUCCCACGGUGAAAGAUCCUUGGACGUGUGUUCUCCCUGAGAGUGCUGGAUACCAGCUUAGAAUGGAAGAUGGUGUAAUUCAAGUCUACCCCAGUCUAGAUGAUAUGAAAGAUGGACAUCGUUGUGAUUAUCCAUUUUUGUCCUUAUCAGUUUUUAUUCGUGACAUGAAUUUGAUUUGUGCACUGAUUGCUGAUGGCCCACUGAAAUCAUUCUGUUAUCGAAGAUUAAGUUACUUGUCAUCCAAGUAUCAGUUGCAUGUACUACUAAAUGAGCUACGAGAACUGGCAGCUCAAAAAGCUGCUCCUCACCGAGAUUUCUAUAACAUAAGAAAAGUGGAUACUCAUAUUCAUGCUUCUUCGUGUAUGAAUCAAAAACAUUUGCUGCGUUUUAUUAAGAAGAAAAUUAAAACUAACCACGAAGAUAUUGUUUGUGAAAAAGAUGGGGUUUUGAUGACUCUUGACAUGGUGUUCAAGUCACUAAAUGUGACAGCAUAUGAUCUCAGUGUAGACAUACUGGAUGUUCAUGCAGAUCGAAACACCUUUCAUAGGUUCGACAAAUUCAAUGCUAAAUACAAUCCCAUUGGGGAGAGCAGCCUUAGAGAAAUUUUUCUUAAAACUGAUAACUACAUCAAUGGCAACUACUUUGCAUCAAUUUUGAAGGAAGUGAUGUUUGAUCUGGAGGAAAGCAAAUAUCAGAAUGCCGAGUUGCGAUUAUCCGUAUAUGGUAGGGAGAGGGAUGAAUGGGACCGUCUAGCUAAAUGGGCUGUUGAUAACAAUGUAUACUCUGACAAUGUCAGGUGGCUAAUCCAAGUUCCUCGGCUUUAUGAUAUCUACAAGUCCAUCAAUCUUGUAGAGAACUUCCAGCAGAUUCUGGAUAAUAUUUUCAUGCCUUUGUUUGAGGCUACUAACGAUCCUCAGAGUCAUCCUGAUCUUCAUGUCUUCCUGCAGUAUGUAAUUGGCUUUGAUUCGGUGGAUGAUGAGUCCAAACCUGAAAAUCCAAUGUUUGAUCAAGAUGUUACCUUGCCAUCAGACUGGAGUGAUAGUGAAAAUCCACCUUAUAAUUAUUAUUUGUACUACAUGUAUGCAAAUAUGACGGUUCUUAACCACUUCAGAAAAGAACGUGGGUUUAAUACCUUUUAUCUUCGUCCUCAUUGUGGGGAGGCAGGACCAGUACAACAUUUGAUAGGUGGAUUUCUUCUAAGUGAGAAUAUAUCUCAUGGUUUGCUUCUUCGAAAGGUUCCUGUGCUACAGUACUUGUAUUACUUAGCUCAGAUUGGAAUUGCCAUGUCUCCUCUUAGCAACAAUUCCCUUUUCCUGAAUUAUCAUCGUAACCCUCUUCCCGAGUACCUCAGUCGUGGCCUUCGUGUUUCUCUGUCUACAGAUGAUCCUCUGCAGUUUCACUUCACCAAGGAACCUCUGAUGGAAGAGUAUAGCAUUGCAGCACAAGUAUGGAAGCUGAGCAGCUGUGAUAUGUGUGAGCUAGCACAUAAUAGCAUUCUUAUGAGUGGAUUUCCCCAUAAGGUGAACUUUUAUUCAUUUGUUGAAACUAGUUUGGCCACCUCUUAUAGAAAUUGUUAA